CUACCAGAUGCGAGGCUACUGGUGUUCUUUGUGCGGCUGUUUUAUGUAUGGUGCUGUGAGUUUGUUAUUGAACAAGAAUGUGAGUUUCUUAAUGUUGCGUGAAUUGAGGAACGAGAACGAUGUAUAUAGGUGUACGGGUGAAAUAACAGAAAUAUGCAGUCAACAACUUUACAAAUUUUUUUUCGUGUCGUUCAUAUAGCCCGAUUAAUUUUAGGCACAUUCAUGCUGGAUAAGUUGUGCUAUAAAUGCGAAAACUAAAAGAAAUCGUAUCCAUGGUAAUAUAAGGAAAAGAAUUUUUUUACAAUUGUUGCUUUCUUCCAAGCUAAAUCGUCUUGUUCAUCUGAGCUCUAAAGUAACUUACACCCACAAUAUUCAUUAUAAAUCCAAGAACGUACUUUCUUUACGAGAUUACGUUCACAGAUACUUGGACACCUGUUGGCGAAGCUUCGAAGCUCACCUAUUCACACGAGAUCCAUGUAAAAUGAGAUUGGACGUUUUUUUACAUUCGUUAAUAAUAAAUCGUCUCACAUUCCCAUUUUGCAUAGGGGUAAUCAAAAGUAAAAAUACUCACAGAUCAAGCUUAAAAUACUCCCAUAAGCCACCUCGCAAAGUUAAAAAUCCGACGACCUCAUUAAAAACAAAUUAACCGAUCUCACCGUAACCGAAUCCGUAAACCAACGCAAAGCGCGCGUCUCCCGCAUUCCAAACCGCGCGUCCUGAUCACUAAAUCCCACGUGAUAAUUUUACCAAGCACCUCUCGAUCACCCAAAAAAAAAUCUAAAAUCCAGUUACAAAUCGUCUCGCGUAUACACCCGCAAAAGCACACACAAAUCCCAAGCGCUGCAGUGAGGCCUUGUGCGUUUGUUCAGUUGUCCGGAAGGCGAUAAGCCACGCGCGCGUAUAAUACGCGUACACACGUUCCGUUCGAGCGGAAUAUUAGAAACAAAAAAUCUCGUCGACGGAAAAGAGUAGUGGAGGGGGGAACGACCGGAGGCUCGAUCCGCAGAUAUAGGAGCCAGAGUCGAGAAAAAAAAAGAGGAGUCGAGAGCGAGCCCGCGACGUCGCGGCUUUUUUUCAUUUUUUUGCGGGUGUCUGUGCGAAUAAAUACACGAGAUGAUCGCGACGAUGAAGCUCGUGGUGAUGGUGAUGCUCCUGGGGAUGCUGGACGGGGCGACGGUGAAAGCUCAGCUGAGCGAAGGUAGCGUAUGCAGCCUAGCAAGUGAAGGCGGCAUCUGCCGUUUAGUAGACCGUUGCCAACCGGUCUACAACGAUCUUCUCGCGGGAAAACGACCGGAAUACGUCUGCGGAUUCCAGGACGGUAUACCGAUCGUCUGCUGCCCAGAUGGCGGUCCACCGUUGGCCUUGACCACGACCUUGGGUCCUAUCUGGGGAACCACCAGACCUGUUACCACCACUACGAGAAGGACCACGACCACCACUAGGAGAUCGGUUACCACUCCUACCAGGAAUCCGCUCAUCAAUGCAAGGCCUGCACGACGAAUGUGCGCCGAAUACGCAAAGGAAGUAUACGCAUUGGUGGAACCACCAGUACUGGCUGGCGGUGACCAGCAGCUGGUGAACGUCUCGCUCUGCGCCAUCAAGUCCAAGAAACUGAUCGUCGGAGGUACCAAAGCCGACCCCAAGGAAUUCCCACACAUGGCCAGCAUCGGUUACAUCAGCGGCUCGCAGAUCCUCUGGAACUGCGGUGGUACCCUCAUAUCCGACAGAUACGUCCUUACCGCGGCUCACUGCACCGUCUCCACCGACUGGGGUAACGCGGAAUGGGUUCGCGUGGGUGACCUGAACCUUCGCAGCAACAGCGACGACGCUCAGCCGCAGGACCGUCGUAUCGCCCAGAGGAUCCGUCAUCCCAACUACAGGCGACCGGCUCAAUACAACGAUAUCGCUUUGCUGAGGCUCCAAAGCCCAGUGACGUUCAACGCCUACGUAAGACCAGCCUGUCUGUCGAUCCAGCCAAAUGCACCGGCUGGUACCAAGGCUGUGGCCGCCGGUUGGGGUGUCGUCGAUUGGUUCGAUGAAGAAGGAUCUGACAAUCUUCUGAAGGUCACACUACCAGUGGUGUCGUAUUCGACAUGUCAACAGGCAUACGCCAACGACGGGAACAGACUGCCCAAUGGCAUCAACGACCAAACUCAACUUUGCGCUGGUCAGGAGGGCAAAGACACCUGCCAAGGUGACAGUGGCGGCCCGCUGGUGGUCUACAGCGAGAACGAAGAGUGUAUGUACGACAUUAUCGGAGUGACGAGCUUUGGAAAGCUCUGCGGAAGCGUCGCGCCUGGAGUUUACUCUAGAGUCUAUGCCUACUUGGCCUGGAUUGAGAGCAUCGUUUGGCCAAACUUAGGUUAAGGAAUAUCUCUGAUCUCUUGGAAUGUCAGUUGAUUCAUAGCGCAAUAUAGAUGAAAAAAAAAAUCGAUUGAACGAAUAAUAAAUUAUUUUGGACAAGAUGAAUCGACUGGCUUAGACCCGUUUUAAUUUUGAAUCACGAAUUGUAUCAGUUACACGUUUGACUAAGUAUUGAAAUUACGAGCGUUUCUCAUUAUUUAAAAUAAAACUUAACUUUAUCUCAUUACUCAUUCUUAUACAGUUCAGUAUAGAACCUAAUAUCUUCAUUCUACCGUACGUGUAUUUUCUUUAGUUUUUAAGUUUUAUACAAGACACAAAAUACACUAUAAUGAACA